GUAAAGUUACAAUUAAAAUGUUAAUGAAAUAUUUCUAUACCAUUUCCGAACAUUACAAUAUUUCGGGAAUGUUACAUGCUGUGUGGGAAUGUAUCGGUAUGCAGUUAAGACCCGUUCAAAAGCGAAACAUGCAUGAAAAGCCGUGAGGAGUAAUGCGGCACCUUCAAAAGCAAGGAAAUUCAGUGAAAGAGUCACUUGUCUAGUGACAGUGCUUUCGGGGUUAGUAGAACGCGCCGGUACUCGCGCGCGCAGCGGCGCUCGCCGCAAACCUUAAAUCGCUAUUUAUGAUCAACUUUUAGUGUGUCUUUUUGUGUAGAAGUUUGUUCAGCGGCGUAGGCUUUUCUUCUUUAUCAAGGAAGCAAAUAUUUUAUCGCUUUAGUCUAUGAUCAAUUCACACGAUGACAAUGAUAAUGACAUCGUUUGCGUAAAAAUGCAGUUGCUCUAACUGAUCUUUUCAGCACUCAAGGAAAUGUUGGAAAAAAUGUUUAAGAAGCUUGUUUUUUAUAUCCUACAACUGGGAAUUUUGAAAGAUAUUCCACAGAUGUCAAAAAAUUGAAUUAUUGUGCAUUGUUUUGAAUACAAUCUCGAGGUUCUCUCCGAUUAAUUGAGCUGGCGCCCAGGCUACGUCACUGGCAAGGUCCCCGUGACACAAAUCAGCAGCGGCAACUAUAACGGUAUUCGCUGGUAUGACCUACUCUUGCGAAGUCGCGCUCUCUCAGUCUUUCCUCCUUCGUCCUCUCUUCGUUUUGCGUUUUUUUCAUGGACUCUCCUUUCCGUCCAGGGCUGAAUAUCCAGUUGGGCUUGAGUAAAAAGCACUACUCAAUAACCAUGAAACUCGGAAAAGCAAUUCUGCAUUUGUAUUUCUUCAUUUUCAUCAAAAUCAAACUAAAAUAGAGGUUGACAUAUCUUUAAAGAGAUCAUACUAUGUACUACGGCAACGUUUAAAAGCUAAACUUCCUCUCCAGCAAACAUUGAAUAUAACAUAAAUGUAACAUAAUGUAAAAUUUACAUGCAUAAUAUCUGUAUAUAGCAUUACAUUUGUGUUAUAUUCGGUGAACUUUGGUUGCUAUUUAAACGAGAUCCCUUUUUCGGUCACUUUUGCAAAAUUUAGAGUUUUUUCAUCCGAACGAUCGCGAUCAGCAUUCUGUUCGCGGAAAGUAUUAAGAGAAUCAGGACAUGGGCGAGGUGACACGAUAGGCCGCCACUGCCGCGCGAAUAGCAUCUUCUCUCCCGUACAUCGGCGGGCUACACUUUUUCUUCCACGUGAGAAACAUCGCCACAGGUCGCUUCGUCGCAUGGGCGGACGGCCGACCGGGCCGCGGUAGCUGAUUACGGGCAGUAAUGAAAGCGGCCUGCUUGCACGCGGUAGAUAGGCAGGUGCGCGCCGCCGUCUGUCAUGUAGUCUUCCCCCACGUCAUUUUCACACGUUGUCUGCCGCUUCCUCGUGUUGAAGCCGUCAAUGAGACCGACAGUCCUUGUCGCCGCUGUUGUUGUUGUUGUUGUUGUUGUUAUUGUUUUCCGCGGGGUUCUAGCAGGGUAAUUGCGAUAGCACGCGGGGAGCUACUUGAAACGUUAGUUGUCGGCUGUCACAGAUUACCCGCGGGUCCAGCCGCUGGACCAACGAGUCAAGAGCCUCGCGAGUUAUGAGAGCUAUCGUGCCCUUCGUUCUUCAGGUGAUUACAUUGCAACUGACGAGAUGCCAGGGUGACGGCGGCAGUGGUGGUGGUGGACCGAGCACGUUCGGAUAUGACGCCUCUUCAGCUUGUAGUAAGCCGUACUCGCGCGCGGGACGCGCGCGCCACGAGGAUCUACCCUGUGACUUUCGCCGACAGAACUGGUGCACGAUCGCCGGUAGCUCUUAUCCUUGGCACGCGGUACGUCGAUUUGUGCAAGAGAAUCAGGGAUUGAUGAGGCGCAUGUACGGUGACGAGAAUUACAUCAGUGUUCUUCGAGCGGAAUUUGACAAGAACGAUAUCGAAUUAAAGUACGAAAACUAUCAUCAUCAUUUCACCGACGAUUUGAGACAAUUUAUAUAUGACGACGAUUAUGAUUUCAUCGAUGACGAUCGAGCGAAAGUUAAUGAUGGCGAGUACGAAGGUCGUGGAUUCACCAGUCGUUCCUUCAACGAUCCUAUUGCUAAGCGAAUGAACACAUUUUCGAAACUUAGUGAGUACACUAGACCACAUUUUCGACCUACCGAGCGGACUAUCAGUUCAAUCACCACACCGUCGAGUAUGACAACCACCUCUUCGACUUUAUCUUCGACAUUGACUAGCACCACGAUUCCCAUUACGCACAGCACAUCGUCCUCGACGACGCCCGCGUCUACUGUCACGACUACGGGUGAUGAUGUUAAUACUCAAACUUCCGCAACGUCAACUUCUCCAAAACUUUCGAACACCAUUACCAAGAUGGGAGAUAGCGAUUCUAUGAUAAAUAAAACGACAACGACAACAACGAUGAUGACGACGACAAUGAUGACUACGACAAUAACAUCGCCAACUCAGAUCGUCAAAGAACAAAAUUUCAGCAUUAAUGAAAUUCUUGAGCAAAAUGACAAGAUCAAUCUGGAGGAACCAGAGGUGAUGGCCUUAUAUUUAGAAAAAACGACAUUUAAAGAGGAUACGACCCUGGAGUUAUCCGGAACGACGAUGGAUGUCCCUACGGAAUUGCUGGCUGAUCAAGAAGAGGAAGAAAAGGAAGUGCUUGACGCUUCCAUGAAGACAACAGUACAUGAAGAGCUAAUAGCUGCAGCGAGUCAUGAACAGCAACAGUUCAGACCGCGUCCUGAGUACCGGCCGUCAGGUGUAGCUGAGUCGAGUAUCGGGGGACAACUUUAUCAAGAUGUUGCAGCGAAGGAUCAACAGGAACAGUCAGUAUUGAAGUUGAAAGGAGUGAACGCCUGUCCCGUCAAGGAAGAAGUGGUAGCCCCGUUUUGGGCCAAUAAUACUCGCGGUGAGAUCUUGGCGCUUCUCAAUCUAUACCCCUUCGAACAAUAUGUCCAUUGGGAGAAGUGCACACAUGAGAACAAGCAAAUGUAUUGUCGGAAUGGAUGUAGAUGCGAGCAGCAGUAUCGGCUGCAUCGAUUAUUGGCUUACGAUCCCAACAACGAAUGCCGAGGUAUUUUCAGUGACUGGUUUAGGUUUCCUAGCUGCUGCAUCUGCCGCUGUUACGAUCUGCCACUGGAAUUUCGAGUGACGUCGCGUUCACCACGUACCUCGCACAAACGACGAAUCAAGGUUCAAUCGCCAACGCGAAACCGUUAUCCGUGAUUUAAUUGUCUUUUGGCUGGUCAACUGCCAAAUACUGCAAUGUGUAAAUUGAAGACGACACGCUAGAUGAGAUUCUACAUGAAAUUUUAACGAGUGCAGUACAAAUCAAUAUUUUUUUAAAAUUUAAACUCUCUUUACUUCAGAGAUUCUAGAUUUACUGUUGACAUGUAUGAUAUCUUUUAUGUAUGUUUGUCAAACAUUUUCUAUUUAUUUCAUAUAUUGAAAUUAUAUAAAAAGUUACAUAUAUUUAUAGUAGAAUAGAUAUGUGCGUAUUUACAAAUAUUUAUGAAACAUAUUUAUAUACAUAUAAUUAUUAAAUUAUUUAAAAUUUUUGGUAAGUUAAUUAAAUAACGACGAUAUUUGUAAACAAGAGUCCCUCCGAUGUUGUUUCCGAAAAAAGUAUGAUUAAAUUAUUAAUUUACAUUAAUAAUUUAUUAAGAAGUUAAAUUAAUAGUUUUUGUACUGUUCACAUAAAUGAAAAAUUUUCUUUCAAAAAAUUUUGUCAUAGUCUAUCGAAAUAAUUUGUACAGUUUUGUCGGUCCAACAUAAUUAAAGAAAUUCCUACAAAAAUAUAAAAAACCUAAAAAUUUUCAGGAAAUGGAAACUUCUCGUGUUCAAAUCUUUCAUUAUGUAAAUAUGAUCAUUUUUCUUUGAGCACAUAAUAAGUAAAGAACGACUUGUAGAUUUUAAUUAAUUAAUAUUUCGAGAACACAUCAGAAAAAAGAAACAAUCUAGAUUUGUUUGAUUUUUACCAC